AUGGCCGAGAGCGACGGCGGUUCGGGCAGUACCUAUUCCGGUCGGCCGCGCAUGCAGAUGGACAGCACAUCAAACGACACUGUGGCGUCGAGCUUUGCGGCUCUGCGAAACCGUCCAACACAGCCCAUAAUCGCGGACGAGAACUGGCACGGUGAUGAUAUCCAGGACUUCCAUCAACGCUUCGCUGUAGAACGGUAUUAUCUUCCAGGAGAGCCGAGGAACGUGCAGAAUUAUCGUGGUGGGCCGGUUUCCAAUGCUUCGUCGUCCAUGGCUGUGGCAAUCAACCAGAGUCAGUACAGCUUGUCUUCAUACGCACCCUCGCUGGCGGGACGUUCGGCGACAACAGUAUCCAGUGGCCCUACCCUGAGAACAAGUGGCGGAAGUUCAGCACUCAGCCGUUACCAGGCUCCUGGCCGCCUUGACGAGGGAGACGAUGGAGUCCUCCUGAGGCCAGACGCUGAAACAUGGCAAUGUCCAUAUUGGUUCCUGCGAUGCAAUGAAAGGUUGGAUAAUAUGGAGGAUUGGGAUUCCCACUGCCAAAGCCAUUUUCUUGGUAUUGGAAACUUGCCGAAGCAUGUUGAAUGUCCGUUCCUUGGAUGUCAGUGGUCCAAGGAAUGUGCUUCCGGUGACGAGGCCUGGAGACAUCGUUGGGCGCAUAUCUGGACCUGUCACUCCGCUGGUGGCAGUAUAAAUGUUUCGAAACGCCCUGACCGCCGGUUGGUGGAGCAUCUCUGGAGGAUUAAGGCCAUCAAUACGGCACAGACGAAGGAACUCUUAACGAGGGGCGUUCUUAGCGGAGAGGCAUAUCUGGAGUCAGCAAGCAGCUCUCGAGACCGACGUCGUGAACGGGGUGGUGGUGGUCGAGGGGGAAGAUCCUCUUAG